GAUUGGUAGUGGCCGUCAGUACUUGCUUAACCGUUGGGCCGUUAGCAAGAACGUUCAGCACUCUCCGAGCUCUCCCGACUCUCCUCCGAUUCGGCGUCUCCUCUCCGGCGGCGUCCACCUCCCGCGCCGUCUCGCGAAGCGCGGAGAGACGCGAGACGCGACGACCGUCUACGGCGAUCCUCGCGGCUCUAACGAGUCGUUCCGGUCUCGUUUCGGGUGCUCUUUUCUCAGUGCAGCUCGGUGGAGGAGCCCUCUUCCCGUCUUUCGUUCUCCAGCCAGGUCUUUCCUUGGAACAUGGAAUGGCUAGGCAUUCUAUUGCUAUGGGGAAUAAUCUCAAAUGUAGUCGCAGAACCGUAUUACACUAUUAUUGCGCCGAGAGUGGUGCGUCCUGAUUCGGAAUAUCAUGUCGCCGUGAGUAUCACCGGCGUGUCGACGCCGUCAACGAUAUACGUCGAAUUGGCUGGCGAACUCGAUGCGGGAAAGAUAUUCAACAUUUCUCGGACCGCGACCGUCGAGCCGUACUCCACUCAGAUCUUGCGACUAGACAUCGGCGAAACCAUGCCGGGAAAAUACAAACUCACAGCACGCGGUCUGUCCGGUAUCGAUUUUUACAAGUCGAAGGAUAUCGAGUAUGUGCAUAAAAGUUACUCCGUCUUCAUCCAGACCGACCGGGCGAUUUAUAAACCCGGUCACAAAGUUAUGUUUCGUUGUAUAAUAUUGGAUUCGAGGCUGAGGCCGAGCAUUGUGGGACCUACAGACGUAUAUGUCGUUGAUGGCGAUGGUAAUCGUAUCAAGCAAUGGAUUCGACCAGCGGUGGCUCACGGUAUUUUCGGCAGUGAGUUGGAAUUGUCGCAUUCGCCGGUACUGGGAAAGUGGAAGCUUAUCGCCAAUGUCGGCGAUCAGACGUUUGAAAAGGAAUUUGAAGUCGCGGAGUACGUUCUGCCGAACUUCGAGGUGACGAUCGACUCGCCAAAGCACAUGCAGUUCAAAGACUCGAUAGUUACAGCCACUAUCCAUGCAAAGUAUACCUAUGGAAAACCGGUAAAAGGCGAAGCUACGAUAACAGCUUAUCCAGACAUUUUUUCUGGCGUGAUCCAACCGAUAUUCCAACAACCCGUGAGAAAGGUGGUGCCGAUUGACGGAAAAGUUACAGUCGAUUUCGAUAUAUUGACUGAAUUAAGAUUGACCGACGAAUAUGAGAGGCCCAUCAUGAUUGACGUGGUAGUGGAAGAAGAAUUAACUACCAGAAGGCAAAACGCUUCGAUGCAAAUAACGUUGCACAAGCACAAGUACACGAUGGAGUUGAUAAGAACGUCGGAAUAUUUCAAACCGGGGUUAAAAUAUACUGCUUUCUUAAAAUUAACAUAUCACGAUGGCUCGCCGGUACAAGACACCAAAAAUGACGUUUUAAUAGCGUACGGGUACACAUAUAAUCAAUCGGCGUAUUCCAAUAUCACAAGAAAAUUAGACGAGCACGGCAUGGUGCAACUAGAUUUUUAUCCGCCUAAGGCAAAGGACAACAUCUCUUUUCCUCUGAAUGUAGAGGCACAAUACUUAAACUUGCAUGAAUGGUUCCCUUCAACUAAUCAAGCUAUGUCCGCAAGCAACGAAUACAUCCAAGCGAUUCUGAAAACGGAAAAGCCAGCCGUGAACAAUUACGUCGACAUCGAAGUGAACUCUACCGCGCCGUUGAAAUACAUAAGUUACGAGAUACUUGGUCGCGGUGAUAUCCUGGACGCAGGAUCGAUCUACGUGCAAGACAAGUACACGACGUCAUUCAAAUUUUUAGCGACAUACGUCAUGGCCCCUAUCGCACACGUAAUUGUAUACUAUGUACGGACAGAUGGAGAAGUAAUAGCGGAUUCGUUAGACGUUGAACUCGCGGGAAUACUUCAAAAUCACGUCGACCUUAAAGUAACACCAGAGGGAGUUAUGCCCGGAGCUAGCGUCAAUCUUAUGAUAUCGGCGAAACCCAAUUCUUUCAUUGGACUGUUGGGCGUCGAUCAGAGAUCCCUCUUGCUGAAAUCUGGAAAUGAUAUCACCUAUGACCAAGUGUACAAGGAGCUGCAGUCGUACGACAAGGCAGAAACGUCGCCACACGCAGAAGUGCCCUUCGGCCGUCCCCUCUGGAGACCCGGCUCUGGAACAGCGGACGAUGUGUUUCAAAAAACUGGCGUGGUAAUUCUCACAAACGCAUACGUCCACGAGAACUUCCCUAUACGACCACAAAUUUUGGAGGGUAGAAUAACGGGCUCGCCUCAUGGGGUGUCCACGCUUCGACCAGACCUUGGUCCACCUGUCACGCACAGAUUAGCGACAAGACCACCGCUGGCAGGUCCUUACGCCUUCUCUCGCAUCCCACCCCCUGUCUGGAAUAAGCCCCGUGUAUUCCUAAUGCAUGACAUCUUAAACACCUGGCUUUUCACAAACUUCUCUUCAGGGUAUACUGGAAAAACGGAAUUACGACGCACCGUGCCAGAUUCCAUCACAUCCUGGGUACUGACUGCGUUUUCCGUCAACGACGCGCACGGAUUGGGCCUUAUAGAAGAACCCAGAAAGUUGAAAGUGUUCAAACCCUUCUUCAUAUCCGUCGAUUUGCCGUACUCGGUAAUUCGGGGAGAAAUCGUAGGAAUACAGAUUGUCGUGUUCAAUUAUAUGAAUAAGGACGUGACAGCCGAAGUUCUGCUAACAAACGAGGGACAAUUUGAGUUCGCGGAGGUUUCUAAUGAAGUUCACGAUGUACCAAAAUUGGAGUUAUAUCGCAGGAAAAAAAUUGACGUGAAAGCCAAUUCCGGCUCGAGUGUGUCGUUCAUGAUUAUUCCACGAGAACUGGGGUACAUCACUAUAAAAGUGACUGCUAACAGCGUCUUAGCUGGCGACAGCGUUGAACAUAAAUUACUCGUCAACGCCGAGGGAGAAACGCAAUAUAAGAAUGAAGCGGUAUUUCUGGAUUUGAGAAACACUGAGCAGGCGGGUGCGAACGUUACCAUCAACAUACCUAAUAAUGCAGUUCCAGGAUCUGAGAAUAUACAAAUUUCUGCAGUUGGUGAUAUCUUGGGUCCUAGUAUCCCGAACUUGGCAAAUUUAAUAAGAAUGCCAUUUGGUUGCGGUGAGCAGAAUAUGCUCAACUUUGUACCAAACAUCGUCAUUCUAAAUUACCUCAAGAACACGAAUCAAUUAACGCAAGCCGUGCAAAGCAAAGCGCUAAAAUAUCUGGAUAUCGGCUAUCAGCAGGAAUUGACUUAUAGACAUAACGACGGCUCGUUCAGCGCAUUUGGCAUGUCGGAUCCUAGCGGAAGUACAUGGCUUACAGCUUUUGUAGCGAAAUCUUUCAAGCAAGCGGCGGCAUACAUAGCGGUUGAGGAUAGGAUCAUAAACGAGGCAUUGCAGUGGUUGUCCAACAAUCAAGCGUCAAACGGUUCUUUCCCCGAAGUGGGAAGAGUUAGCCAUCGUGAUAUGCAGGGCGGGGCUGCCAAGGGACUCGCUUUAACUGCAUACACACUUAUUGCUUUCCUGGAAAAUGAGGAAUCUGUGGGGAAAUAUCGCAAUACUAUAAACAAGGCUGUUGACUAUAUUGUCCGUAACAUGGAAGGACUAAACGAUACCUACGCACUGAGCCUGUGCGCCUACGCCUUGAAUUUGGCAAAGCACCCUUAUGAGACGUCGGCAUUUAACUUGCUGGAGUCGAAAACUACGACGAAGCAGGAUCUCAAAUGGUGGAGCAAACCCAUUCCGAAAGACAAUAAAAAUCCACACUAUUCUUUGCCGCGUUCCGUUGAUGUCGAAAUGACAUCGUAUGCUUUACUUUUGUAUCUUAGACGCAAUUUAGUCGCAGAUGCGAUUCCCGUAAUGAAGUGGCUCGUCAAGCAGAGAAAUACGGAAGGCGGCUUUGCGUCGACGCAAGAUACCGUGAUUGGACUUCAAGCAUUGGCGAAGCUUGCUGAAAAAUUGUCCAGGGACACGAGUUCGGUUCGAAUCACAUUUAAAUACGAGGACAAAGGUCAAGGUUCUAUAAGCAUAAAUAGUGGUAAUUCCAUGAUACUCCAAAAACAUGUACUACCUUCGAAAACACGAUUCGUAAAUAUAACGGCGUCUGGUAAAGGUUUUGUGCUAGUGCAAGUUUCCUAUCAAUAUAAUUUAAACGUGACAGGAGCUUUUCCAUUGUUUACCUUGGAUCCUCAAGUGGAUAAAAAUUCCAACGCUAAUCAUUUACAGCUUUCUAUAUGCUCAGGAUUUGUUCCAACCGAGGAAGCAAACGAGAGCAACAUGGCCGUUAUGGAAGUAAGCUUACCUUCUGGCUUCACAGUGGACAGAGAUUCGUUACCGAGUUUAGAAAUAUCAUCACACGUAAAACGCGUGGAAACUAGAAACGGCGAUACAAUGGUGGUUUUGUAUUUCGACAAGAUGGUGAAGCAGGAAUAUUGCCCAACCGUGUCCGCAUUUAGGACACAUAAAGUAGCUAAGCAAAAACCAGUUCCCGUCUCCGUUUAUGAUUAUUAUGACUCGUCAAGAAGAGCGAGAGCAUUUUACGAGCCUAGAAAGACAACGCUGUGCGAUCUGUGCGAGGAUGAAGAUUGCGAAGAUAUAUGCGUUUCAAAACCCGGUAAACGAAAGGACAAUGCUACAGCGUCCGCUGCGCCCCACGUUUACGCUUGUGUAUAUUUGCAAUUUACGAUCUUCUCGUUUUACUGUUUUCUCCAUAAGUACUUGUAAUUAUAUUGUUAUCGAGAAUAAUUAUUUCAAUAUAAUAUAAACUUUAAAUCUAACAAAGUAACGUAAAGAAGCUGUAUAAGUUGCGACCAAAGUACACAUACUUGUUAUACAGGAUAUAAGAUAUUACAAUCUUUUUAUGGAAUCUUUUUAUGGCACUAACAUAAGAUUUAAUUAUUUAAUGAUAAUAUUAAGUCUAUAAUAAAUCUUAAUAAUGUUACUUGUUA